GCCUGUCCCUAUUUCUGAGAGGAUCGGUGCUGAGGCAGGCUGCAGAGACACAGGCUGACGCUGAAGCGAUGAGGCCAGGACAUGCGGGACUCAGAUAAGGCUGGCCAGGGUUUCUCUGCAGAACGACUCUGUAGAACGACUCUCUGGGGACAUGUGGGUCUGCCUGGGGCACAGGUGACACACGUCCGUCACCUACCCGGCUUCAUCCGGAACAGCACAAGUCUGAGCCCAGCCAGUCAUGGCAAAGAGGGACUACUUGGUGGAUGCGGCCAAGCAGAUCCGCAUGGCGCUGGACCGGGAGGUCAGCGAGGACUACGAGGCUGCCUUCAACUACUACAAGAAUGGGGUGGAUCUGUUACUGAGUGGAGUGCAAGUGGACCCUAACAAGGAACGGCGGGAGGCAGUAAAGCGGAAGACCACUCAAUACCUGAAGAGAGCGGAAGAGAUCUUUAACUCACACCUUCAGGGCAGCUUGGGAAAUGGGACGUCCCUGUCUGGGGGCUACAGCAGCCUAAGAUUUCGGCCAAUCAGAAACCUCAGCAAACCAGUGGAGGACUUGAAAAUGUGCAAAGUCAUCGGGGUGAUCGACAAGGUUCUGACUGUCCAAAACCUGACCACCAAGGAGGUGUUUGUGGUUAAAAGCCUGGCCAAGUCAAGCUGGGAGAGCCGUGAGCAACCCACCAUCAUCCCCCAGGGCGUGCCCUUCAUGGUGAAGCUGCUCCGCUACUAUGUCAGUGAGGACACCGUCUACCUGCACCUGGGGCAUGUCCAAGGGGGGAGGCUUUUCUCUAAGCUGCACAAGUCCAGGAAGGACAAGAUGAAGGAACAUUCUGAGGGCUGCAGCUCCACCCGCUACAAGAUCCGGAUGAAGACCAGCUACACCACCCCAGCUCUCAAUCUAGAGCAACAGGACGAAAAGUCCAAGAAGCAGGCCCAGGCGGAGGACGACUCCGGGGACAGCCCGGAUGCUGUAUCCCCCUCCUCCUGGGAGGAGGUCCGGCAGCAACUGGAGGAUGGCCGGACGCACCCCUACUGCGAGGAAACCGGCUGCCUGCAUAGCGCCAGAGCCAGCCCACCAAAGAGGAGCUGGGUAUCUGGGUCACUGGGGUGGGACGAGGCGUUCCAUGGUACCACUGGCACAUUUUCCAGCACUCAGGAAAACCUGAUUAUCCCACCGCAUCGCUGCCCUGGCGGAGGGACUACUGAGGCUUUCAAAGGGAUGUGGGAGCUUUCAAAGACAGACUUGCAGGAAUCCAGCAUUGUGCAGGAAGCUGCAAAUGGCACUCAAGACCCAGAUAAAAUACACUUAGUGAUCAAAGACAGUCCAGAACCAGUAGGAGGCAGCAGAAUACCUCAUGAAGCCCAGCCUUCCAUGAACGACCAGGUGUUACAGGUAGACAGAGACAGUCGGGGCAUUAUUAGGGAUCUGCAGUAUAGAAAGACAGGGUAUGCAAAAGGUCAGGUGCCCUGGAGAGUGUGGACAGGCAGAGAAGGGGUAACAGGAUCCAUAUGGGCAGCUGAACCAACGGAGUGGGCAAGUGCCGCUCCAGCAGUUCAAGAAACAGAGAUGUCCUCAGGAAACCCCCCCUCCUACCACCUCUCUCCAUGGUUUUCCACGCAUGCAGGUCACCCAAAGGAUGUGAACAAACCCAGAGACAGAAGGGAGGACGUGGAUGAAGGAUGGGAACUGCUAAAUCCAAUAGCUGCUGCCAUUCACUGCACCUCGGGAGCAGAAGGACCUGGAACGGACCAGCCCAUCGAGGUGGACGGGUGGUGCCUCCUUCCCCGGGUCCCAGCACCACGACCCAAAGAGAACAGUAUACAAGGCUGCUGGGGCCUGCCUGAGGGCCAGGUGCGGCUAUGGGGCGCCCAGAUCCUGCUGGCCUUGGAGAGUUUGCACCAGCAGGGAAUCUUGUGCAGGGACCUGAACCCGAGGAACAUCCUGCUGGACAGCAGUGGAAACAUAUGUCUGACGUACUUCGGUCAGUGGAGUGAGGUCCAACCGGAAAUCAGCACCGCAGCCAUGCAGCGCAUGUAUUGCGCCCCAGAAAUUGGAGGCGUGGCAGACAUCACCGAGGCAUGUGACUGGUGGAGUCUCGGGGUACUGCUUUACGAACUGCUGACCGGAAUGGCCCUGUAUCAGAGCCACCCGGCCGGCGUGCUUCCGCACACCCAGCUCCUCAUCCCAGACCACCUGAGCACGGCGGCCGCUUCCCUGCUCACAGAGCUGCUGCAGUUUGACGCUGGUUACCGCUUAGGCUCGGGCGGCGGCGGCGUAACGGACAUCAAGUCUCACCCGUUCUUCGGCACGGUGCCGUGGCACGCGCUCGCCAGCUAGCACCGCAGUCCACUAGACCGCCCGCUCUCAUUCGGCAAUCAGCCGCACGAGCUCCUAAAGUCCCAGCUGGUGCAAUGCCGCCAUCUGCUGGCGGAAGGACCGAAGCGCCGCCAUCUACAGGGAUACGAACCGAGCAUGGUUGGUGGAAUACAUAAUGGAAGACCUGAGCGUCUGUAGUGAUUUAGAAGCCAACAACAAAUCCAAACCCCCUGAAAUAGAUAUGUUAUCAGGUUCACAAGCAAGAGAUGUAAGAAUGAUAGCUACUGAAAAGUACUCAAUGGUAGCAAGAUAUGUAAACAACCAUUGUGAACUUACAGCACUGUGACGGGUGAAACUGUGUGCAGGUCUUGCAUAAUCAGCAAGACCCAGAACCUUUAAUCUAACAUCCCUACCCCCAACAAAUCUCAGCAGAUUCUCCACCAAAGUAGAAUAAUGGGCAGAAUUACUCCUGUGAGGUAUUCCCUGAGAUCUUUCACCCAAGCUUUUAUGUAGAAUAACCAUACAUCUCAAUGGUCACAUAACACCGGUUUUAAUGAAGAACAACCCACCCAACCAGGUCUUUGACUGUAUUGAUGGGGGAAAUUUCCUUAGUCCAGCAGCAACGGUAUAUAGAAAGGAUGAUAGUCCUCAUGAAAGACCAAAAAAAUUUUAAAAGGUCAUGACACAAAGGUCAUGAUUAUAACAUAAAAAUAAGACCUGGAAUGUAGGCCUAUAGAAAGUAAAAAGUCCUCAGUUUAACCAGAAUAUAUAGGAAAUGACACGUUGCAGCACAGAAACCCGAGAGAGCUAUUUCACAGCAUCAAGGAGGAACUUUUCAAUCCCAAAUAAUGGCCUGGUGGUUAGUGAAGACGUGUUCAAAAGUGAGAACUUCCCGAGUAAUGUCACGUGCCCCUCCUUCCUCAGGCCACAGGCCGAUCCACUUCCUGCUAAUCUGGUCACAAAGUGACCUGCUUCUCCUAGUGUGUGGUGUGUCCUACACACGCACAACAUGGGUUAGUCUUGGCAUCCGUGACACAGCACCUUAAGCAAAGUGACUGCUUCACACAUGGAGGGAUUUCCCCAGAAAUGUCACCUGCUGCACUGGCAGCAAUCACACACAAUACUGGCUGGCGUUCCUUUAUUUUCAAUUGUGACUUUAGUGGUAAUAGGUGGGGCACCUUGGGUCAUUCGGAGCUGCUCUCAUGCUUCAGAUAGGAACUUCUCAAGGUGAACUACAGUGCGGCUGUGGAACUCUCCAUGAGUUACACGUUAUAGAGUUUCAGUUCCUCACAAAGACUCAGUCAGAAUUUUCAGAUUUUACUUAAGCUUGCUUGAGCUGAAAGAUGGAACAUGGUGAGAUGGCCAUUUUUAAUGCUGACUGCUCAGAAAGUGCUUAGUUAUUCAAUUCGCUAAAAAUUUGGCCAUUUCAACUUGAGGUGGAAAAACAGACUGUACCUUUUAUAACUUUUAUUCCGCAUGCCAUAAAGUGUGUUUUGGGUGCUGUCUACAAGAGAACUGUAUUUCCUGUCCCAUUAACAUUUUUACUACUUAUAUCAAAAAUGAGAAUUUAUAAGCUUGAAUAAAAGUUCCUUCAAGUUCCUGUUAAAGAUCUCAGUUCAUCGUUUAACUGCUGGUCAAAGGGUAAACAGUUUAAGAGUUUCACACAACAUGAUUCCCCACCUUCAAUGACUAAGACUUCAGGUACAUAUCAGACUUUUAUAUCUUUGCAUACAACCUUAUUUCAGUUGCUGGGUACUAUAACGACCCUCUAUGAUCCAAGUCUUUGCUUUCUGGUGAAUUAAAUGACACCUAAUUAAACAUCCACAUAUGUGUUGGCACAGUGGCAGAUUAUGGAGGCAGCAGGAAAUGAAAUGUCUAGUGAAUGCGAAGUUUUUGAGAUAUAUUCAGUAAAGUAUUUAUAAUGUGUUUCUUUGGUUAGAAGGCACACAAACAAGCAAAAUUCCUCCCAAUGGGAGUCGAUGAAUCAAACAACAAUGCCACUCUGGUUAUGCUUGUAUGAUACAAUAAUAAAAAAUAAAGUAUAAAUUUUCAAGCAUUUAUUUAAUAUUUGGUGUCAUUUUCAUUAAUCGGUUUGACACAUCAUAAUACUUUAGAAUAAUAUGUAACAUAACCUGUAAAUUGCAUUAAAAAUACUGAAUAUUAAGAAUAAUGAAAAUGAGGAAAGCAAUGUGUGUUAUUUGUUAAUUUUCCUGAUAAACAUACUGCUCUUAAAUGCCCAGAUACCCUCAAUUCUAUUGCUUGAUGGAAUUGAUCUUACUGUUAAAUUAAAUCUUUUUUCAAUAAAUUGCAUUAUGUGCCAGGGUGGGGCUUUUAAAUGACAAUGUCUGUUGAUUCCAUGUAACUUUGUUACUGCCUCAUACAUAAGAUGAUAAUUGAUGUGAGCAAAAUUAUAGGGCUAUAUUCAGUCAA